CUACAACACUGACCACCACCAGCCUGUCCACCCCAACCAAAACCACCACCACCAGGCCAUCCACCACAACCACCUCUGUACCAACCACCACAUGGACCACUCCAAACAAAACCAUCACUGUGUGGGUAACCACCACCAGCACCACCACCACUCGGUCCUUGCCAACCAAGCCUGCUGUCCCACAGCUAAGCACUAGCACCCAGCACCCAACCACUCCUGCACUGGCAGUUCCCCCCACUCCACUCCUCGGGCCCAGCUCUCCACACCCCCCAACCGUGUUCUCCCAUCUCUCCUGUCCUCGCACACACAUGCCCUGCCGUGAUGGCACUGAGUGCGUGGCCCAGGACUACGUGUGUGAUGGAGAGAAGGACUGUGCAGAUGGCUCUGACGAGGAUGGGUGUGCUCAACUCUGUGACGCCCCAGAGGCCUUCCACUGUGCUAGCAGCACCAUGUGUGUUGGGGCUAACGAGCGCUGUGAUGGGGUGCCACAGUGUCCCGAUGCCUCGGAUGAGAUGGGCUGCUGGAGCCCCACACAGGACUGUGCCCUGCGCUGCGAUGCUGCCACCCGCUGCGUCCCCAAGAGCUGGCUGUGCGAUGGCCAUGCCGACUGCCUGGAUCACACCGACGAGCAGGGAUGCGUGCCGAAGAAGUGCAGCCCAUCUGAAUUCCCCUGCCACAGUGGGCAGUGCGUGGCCCUGGCUCUGCGCUGUGAUGGGGACCCUGAUUGCCGCGACGGCUCGGAUGAGGAGGGCUGUGCCGUGCCCCGGCCUCUGCUGUGCCGCCCAGGUGAGGUGGUCUGUCCCCACAGUGGGGAAUGCGUGCCUGAGGCCUGGCGCUGUGAUGGUGUGGCUGACUGCAGAGACAGCACAGAUGAGCAGGACUGUCCCUUGGAGGAGCAGCAGUGCGGUGAGCGGCAGUGGGGCUGCUCACGUGGCCAUGAGUGCAUCCCUGAUGCCUGGCGGUGCGACAGAGAGAGAGACUGCAGUGACGGCAGCGACGAGGCUGGCUGCCAGCCCACUCCCUGCCUGAGCCAUGAGUACCCCUGUGGGCUGGGGAUCUGCCUGAAUGCAUCACUGGUGUGCAGCGGCCAUCAGGAUUGUGCGGAUGGCUCAGAUGAGGGGGGAAACUGCUCCCUGCCCUGCCAGAGACCCUGCUCACAGCUCUGCUACCCAUCGCCCCAGGGACCUCGUUGCUGGUGUGCUCCGGGCUAUCAGCUGGCUGAGGACGGCAUGUCCUGUGUGGAUGUAGAUGAGUGUACAGAGCAGGGAAAGGAAACCUGCAGCCAGAUCUGCCUCAAUGCUCCAGGGACCUACAGCUGUGGCUGCCUCUCUGGCUAUCUGCUGGAGCCUGAUGGCCGCAUCUGCAAACUCAGCGGACCAGAGCCCAUGCUGCUGGUGGCUGUGCAAUCAGAGGUGCUGUCCUAUGGCCUUCGGAGUGGGCGCGAGGAAGUGCUGCUGACCACUGACAAGGAACGGACCGUCUUCUCACUUGACUUUGACCUGGUCGAAAGGAAAAUCUUCUGGAUGGACCUGGCCACAGAGAGCAUUUCCUGGCGGAGUCUAGAUUCAAGCAAAAAGGGCACGCUGGUGAAAGGUGUAAGAUCAGACUGUAUCGCUGUGGACUGGCUUGGGAGGAACCUGUACUGGACGGAUGGGGUGGCAGGGCAGGUGCUGGCCACUUCUCUGGGGACUGCCUGGCGAGGGAAACCAGAGUACACCGUGGUGCUGGAUGGAGACUUGGACCAGCCACACUCCCUGGUGCUCCAGCCUCUGGCUGGGAUGCUAUACUGGUCAGAGGUGGGGAACCAGCCACGGCUGAUGGAGGCCACCAUGGAUGGAAGGCGGCAGCGUGUGCUGCUGGCGCAGGGCUUGGGCUGGCCCACAGCACUAGCCCUUGACCUCCCCACCUCGAGGCUCUUCUGGCUGGAUGAAAAGCUGGGCAGUGUUGGUUCCACACAUCUGGAUGGCACCGAUGUAAAGGUGCUGCAGCUGAGAUGGGUCCAGAGCCCUUUUGCAGCGGCUGUGUGUGAGGACCAGCUCUACUGGUCAGAGAGGAAGGCAUGGUCGGUGCAGCAGGUGGACAAGGCCACAGGCAAGAAUAGGACAGUGCUGCUCAAGCGACAUGGGCAGCCCCAUGGCCUUCAGGUGAUGCACCCAGCCCUGCGCCUGGCAGCUCCCAACCCAUGCACAGCCCGCGGCUGCUCCCACCUGUGCCUGCUGAGCAGCCGGCACGCUGGGCAGUGCCGAUGCCCCAUCGGGCUGACGCUGGCUGCCGAUGAGACCACCUGCCUGCCCCUCCACACUUCAGCCUUCGCCCUCCUGGUGUCACCAGCAGCCGUGAUGCAGGUCUACCUGAAGGACAUGCCACGAACGGCUGGAGGCCAAGGCCUCCCCCCACACCGGGCCCUGCCCCUGGCAAAGGUAGUGCGCUUGACAGCUGUUGACUACAUGGUGAAGGACAAAAGCCUGUACUUCGCUGAGGUGGGGGGCGACUCCAUUGGGAUGCUGCGCCUGAAGGACUCGGGCCGACUCUCAUGGAAGAAGGUUGUUGCUGUGGAGGGCAUGGUGGUGUCUCUGGCCUUGGACUGGCUGAGUGGAAACCUGUACUGGAUCGAAGGGCAGCCCACCAGCAUCCGUGUAGCCACAGCUGGGGGGCGGUGGGUCCUGAUGCUGCUCAGCAGGGGCUGCAGGGCGCUGCCUGGCUGGCCCUCUGCCCUCGCGCCUCCACCAUGUGCUUCAUCACAGCAGCAGGCAGCCGCAGGCCUGGUCCUGCAGUGGAGUGUGCAGCCAUGGACGGCAGUGGCCGCAGAGUGGUGUGGAGCAGAGCCCACGCUCCUGCCGGCCUCACUUUUGGGGGUGCCAGCACCCGGCUCUACUGGGCAGACCAGGAGCGUGGUGCGAUUGGCAGUGUAGAGCUGGAUGGUUCCCACUUCAGGUUGGUGCGGGAGGGACUGCAUGGCCUCAGGCUCUUUGCUGUCGGAGAUGGCUUUCUGC